AACCUAACCUUAAAUUUUCACUGACAGUGACAUAAAUAAAAGAUGAUUUAAUUUUAUUUAUUCUGAAAAGAACUCAAUCAAAAUGCGGAGAGGAAUAGGUGUAGGGGCAAUUAGGAAAGAAAAAUUAGAACAGGAACGAUACCGAGGCAAAGGAAAUGAAAUCCAAGAAAGUCAGUUUGGACAAAUGACCAAGCAAAUGGAAGUUUUUAAGACAAAUCUAGAAGAUUUUGCUACUAAACACAAAAAUGAAAUAAGAAAAAAUCCAGAAUUUAGGAAGCAAUUCCAGGAAAUGUGUGCCAGUAUUGGAGUAGAUCCAUUAUCAUCAGGUAAAGGUUUCUGGUCUGUAUUAGGAAUAGGAGAUUUUUAUUAUGAAUUAGCAGUACAAAUAGUAGAAGUCUGUUUAUCUACAACAGCAAAGAAUGGAGGCCUAAUAAGUUUAGAUGAGCUAAGAACAAGAUUAAUUAAAGCUAGAGGUCAAAGUAAAACCCAUCAAGAAAUUACAAAAGAUGAUUUAAUUAGAGCUGCCCGUAAAUUGAAAAUAUUUGGAAAUGGAUUUAAUGUUAUACCCAUGGGAAAAGACAGAUAUAUGGUCCAAUCUGUACCUGGUGAACUUAAUAUGGAUCAUUCAGUCUUGCUUCAGCAAGCGGAGAAAAAUAAAGCUUGUGUAUCUGCAUCACAUUUAAUCAGUGAACUAAACUGGGAAAGACAAAGAGCAGAAAAGGCUUUAGAACAUAUGAUUAACCAAGGACUGGCCUGGAUUGAUUCACAACAUCCUGAAGAACCUCAAUACUAUUUUCCUAGUCUGUACACUGCCUGUAUAAACUCAAAUGCUUGAACACUUACUUACAAUUAUAAAUGUUUAUUUUUAUAUUUUCUGUCCACAAUUUUAAUAAAAAGCAGCAUGUUUAAUUUA